AUGAGCAGUGAGGAAAAUGAGACCGAAACGCAGACAACCACAAGCGCCACGCAGACCACAACUGGCACCGUGGUGGAGAAUCCAGCGCAGUGCGCGCUCUAUGCCCGCAAUUGCAACGGUUGCUUCGGAAAGGGUUGCCGAUAUUGCCAGGUCAGCCCGGAGUCCUGGAACUUCGGCAGCAACAACGACCCGCCAGUCGUGCUGGACUACGUCUGCGUGGCGCAGCACUACCAGUGCAUUGACUUGCUUCAGCUUCGAACAGAUGUGAAGAGCGUCGUCCCGGUUGCUGUGACUAGCUGCGGAUCACUGGAGCCACCGAGGGCCAUGACUACACCGCGGCCCACUACAACAACGGCUUACGUGGCACCAGACCUUGGUAUCCUGAGUUCGAGUGGCGGCGAUGCUCCUUGGUGGCCGGAUGAGUGGAGUGUGGCGGUCUGGCUGGCCAUCAUUCUUGUCUCUGGCUUUAUCCUGGGCUUCUGCUGUUACGUGGGCCGCCGCUGCCGGCGCAGUCUGCAGAGAGUUCAUGUAGCGCCACAAAGUGCGCUGGACUCGCGGAUGUUCAAGUCCAAGGUCGGCUCGGUCCAAUGGGAUUUUGCCAAGGCUGGCGUUGUGAACGUUAGCGACCUGGAGGCGGCAAAGCGCGCAUUAGCUGCUGCGCUUCGAAGCGAGGCUUCCUCAGAAGCACUCCCGAGCCGUGGGCGAUGUUUGACAUUUUGGGCCUCCAACUGCUUGCGUGUGGCCGUGCUAUCGGAGUUGGACGUUCUUCUUGCGACAUAUCCGAUUUUGACGAUCAGCUUUGAUGCAGAUUGGCGUCGAUCUGACAAUCCGACAAUCGAAGCCUUGGCCAAACUGCUGCUUCGCCACCGCGGCCGCUGCAAAUUUCGAACAGGUGGCUCGCAACCCCUGGCGCUGCCCGCGGCUACCUUGGCGACGAUCUCUUCUUGUGGGGAGGCGCUGGCGGCCUCACACUCCGAGGUAGACUCCGUAUCCUUCGAAAGAGGACCGAAAGAUGAUGCGCCAUGCAGCGCUUCUCUGGCGGGACUCAGGCUCAGCUCGCAAGAGGUGAUUUUUCAUCGGCACCCCUUGGGAGAUCAAGGUUGUAGUUUGGUCUGCGGCUUCGUGAGAUCAUGGGGUGCCAGGCUGCAGAUAUGCAGGCUUGUUGAGUGUGGCUUCGGUGAUCUCGCCGCCGCCGGCGUGGCGCGCUUGUUGGCAGAUGCUCGACAGCCUGCAUCAGGUCUCAGGGAGCUCAAUCUGAGCGCCAACAAGUUCGGAAACGGGGGCGCGGCGGAGCUCGCCGAUGCCCUGCCCCGGCUCGACUCCCUGGAGAAGCUGUUGCUGGAAAGGAACAAAAUCGGAGUCCUGGGGGCCAAGGCUUUGGCAGCGCGUCUUCCCCGCAGCAACGUGCGGGAGCUUGUCAUGGGCACGCACCUGGGUGGGAAUCCCCUGGGAGAGGAGGGCGUGCAGGCUUUGGCAACUGCGCUGGAUGACGCCAUGCCACGGGCAGCAGCCAACCGGGCGACACGGCUCCAGGCCCUUGCACUGGAGGAUUGUGGUGUCGGCCAAGCAGGUGCCAAGGCACUUGCCGAGUACAUCCCGAAGAGUGUCCUCCAGGCUUUGUCAGUGGCCCGCGGCCACUUAGCGGACGACGAUGCCACGGCCGUGUUGUUGGCCUUGCCUGGCAGCAUUUCCUUUCUGGAUCUCUCGGGAAAUGAACUUAGUGACCUGACGGCCUCCAUCGCUGGAGAGGCAUCACAGGCUGCUCCCGGUUGA